AUGGCUGUGCCGGUAGCUGCAGAGGUGAGUGCUACACGUGCGGUCUUGGUGAGAUACUCGCCCCCCGGAAUAGCCGCAGCUAUCCUCCAAAGGGUGUCGUGGGUGCCCUGGAACACAGGCAAACGCGCAGAGAAACUGCGCGACAUCAGCACAG